AUGGUUCUGCUGGUGGCAAUAGCACAAGUGCUGCUGGUCCUGGGUUUGUCUGUGGAGUCAGAUUCUCUCUGCUCACCCACUACCUUUUACAAAAACUGCUGGAUCCGACGCUUCCCAGGUCUUCUGAUUGACCUGCAGGAAUCACAGAAGAGGGGAGCCCAGGUGCUGAAGAUCUAUGCAGAAGUCUCACCCCAGCAGUGCAGCAGAACCUGCUGUCUUCUGAGGAAUGUUUCCUGCAAUCUAGCAGUGUUCUACCAUGUAGCUCUUUAUGAGAAUAUGAAUUGCCUGCACGUGUCUUGCCCAGCGUUGGAAAGUUGCAUACUAAAGGCUAGAAUCAAUGUAACUUUGUACAACAUCACAACAGGGAUGGAUCCAGAUCUUCUUAUUUUUGAAAAACUGACAUCCAGAGAGCCAAAUACUUUCUCCUCACUGAAUAAAUAUGAAAACCAAAACAGCACAAAGGCCACUGAGUGGGAAAGAUGCCAGCGUCAUAACACCACAUCAAGUUCUCUUUUGCUCCAAGCUCCAUCUUCUACCACUAGCCACAGCUUAACAUCAAACACUUACACCUCCAGUACAAGCCUGAUUACACAAAAACCUGAAGUUACUGCAUAUUCCAGGGCAGAAACUUUUCCACUGGAUGAUCAUUUUGCUGAGAGGACAAGCACAGCUUCAGUAAGCACUAGGUCAAUCACCAGCUCAGACAAGAAGACGAAGACUGUGCACUCAACGUUGAUAUCCAAGUCUGCUGAGGACUUAUCCCACAUGCCCACUCCUCCUCGUCAGAACAGCAGUAAGCAACACUUAAAUGAAACCAAAGGCUACAGUGGUAGGAAUUAUACUUCAGAUAACGAGGCAUCUGGUUGGGAACCUGCAGCUUUGGGUGUCUGGUUGAUUCCUGUUGUUCUUUGCUCUUCUCUCAUCUUCCUUUGCUGCUGUACUGUUGCUUUCACAGCAGGGCGCUGCAGAAAUAGGAGAGGUCAGUAUAAGCCCAUAAGAAGAACAACGUCAAGACAAUUCAUAAAAUAUACCACUGUCAAAGGUAAUCUCUAAAAUACUGCAACCAUCCUUGUUUUGGAAAUGAAUUGUAUAUACCAGCUUAAUUUUUUUACAUUUUACAAAACCAAAGACAGCUUUUUUCACUGAUGGUUUCAGAAUCUUUCGGUUGUAAUUUAAUUCUCAACAGAUGAAGCAAAAUUCCCCUGCCUCCUUAUGUCAGAAAUGAACACUCAACUCCCGCUGCAAGCUCAGAGGUGCUCAAGCACCUUGUCAUUCAUCAUCUGACCCAGACUAAUGCCUAAUACACACUAUACACAGUUUCCCUAACUUAAAGAAAGCAGAUUCACUACAGCUGCAUGUAUCCUUUCCUCUGACCUUGAACUAACCAAAGAAAAUAAAAAGCAAUCAGUAAAACUGACUGAAG